UAGGAAGGAUUAUUCCCUCUGAAUUUGGCUGAGUGUCCAAUAGGCAAAAGGAUCAGGGGCAGAUUUAGGAUCCCUUCCUUUACAAUUCCAUGAGUGCAGCUCCUUCAGGCCCAGGAGCCUCAUGUGCUGGCAGCUGUUGUGCUGGAAUUGGGGAUCACACCUCUCUCCCUCUCUCAGUUUUUCUCUCCCUGCCCAUUUUACAGCUCUAGUUCAUCUCCUUUUUCACCACAGGGAUAAUGUGGAAUGGUCAGAAGAGCAGGAAUCCAGUGCCAGGAGUAAAGUUCAAGAGAACAGCUCCCAGCUAUUGCCACAGGAUAAACAAGAGGAAUAUGAGGUGAAUGCUAAGAGAUAUUGGGAUGACUUCUAUAAAAUCCACGAAAAUGGCUUCUUCAAGGACAGGCACUGGCUGUUCACUGAAUUUCCUGAGCUGGCACCCCACAGGACCUCAAGCCAAAAUGGGGAUUCUCUGCACGAAUUCAGUACCAAAGAAGAAUCCAACAGUGAAAGGUGUGAAAAUGGACACUGUUCAUUGGAAACCAGGACAGAGGGUCAGUCCAACCUGCUCCAAAGCACAGCUGAGGGGAGCACAGAGGAUUUGGCUGCACAGGAGCACAGGGAGCUGACCCAGAGGGCUGGAGAUUACCCAGGAUCAGCUGCUUCUUACCGUGUGUUGGAGGUUGGCUGUGGGGCUGGGAAUACAGUCUUCCCAAUUUUACAAACCAACAAUGACCCAGGCCUGUUUGUUUAUUGCUGUGAUUUUUCUACAACAGCUGUGGAUCUUGUCCAGAACCAUGCAGAAUAUGAUUCUUCUCGCUGCUUUGCCUUUGUCCAUGACCUGUGCAACGACCAAAGUCCUUUCCCAAUGCCAGAGGAGAGUCUUGACAUUGUUAUUCUUAUCUUUGUCCUCUCAGCAAUUCUCCCAGAGAAGAUGCAGAGUGUUGUGAGCAGACUGAGCCGCCUCCUGAAGCCAGGGGGGAUGAUUUUGUUACGGGAUUACGGACGCUACGACCUGGCCCAGCUUCGGUUUAAGAAAGGUCAAUGUCUGUCUGAAAACUUCUAUGUGAGAGGUGAUGGCACCAGAGUCUACUUCUUCACACAAGAUGAAUUAAACCACCUCUUCAGCAGGGCUGGGCUGGAGAAGAUCCAGAACGUGGUGGAUCGGCGGCUGCAGGUGAACCGUGGGAAGCAGGUGACGAUGUACCGGGUGUGGAUCCAGUGCAAGUACCGCAAACCCGGCCCCCCCCGGGCCUGAGGCACGGCCUGGGCUCUGGGGCUGCAGCCUCUCCGUGCCCAGGGAGUGUCUGCUCCUGGUGAGACGUGGUUUGAUGGAGUCCUGCACACCCAGGACACCUCAGUGCCUCGGACAGUGCCUGGUGUCACUGCGAGUUCUGCCGAGGAUGAACGCCCUGAGAGUGGACCGAGGGGUGGUUUAGGUGUCAUAAAAUGUACUGAGUUGGAAGGGAGCCAUCAAGGUCAUUGAGUCCAACUCCUGGCCCUGCACAAGACGCCCCAAGAAUCCCACCACGUGCCUGAAAGUGUUGUCCGAAUGCUCCUUGAACUCAGACAGCCCUGGGGCUGUGCCCACUGCCCUGGGGAGCCUGCUCAGUGCCAACCACCCUCUGGGGGAAGAAGCUUUCCCUG